UUCGAGGAGAGCAAGAAUUUGAAACAAUUUUUCGUCUGUUAAUAUUCAUUCAUGCAGGUGGUAAAUUACACAAAAAGUCGAGUCUGUUUGACCCGUCUUCUCCAAAAGGUCAAACAUAGCAUUCCCCCACCCGUUUGACGAUUUGAGUCUGCAUUCGAAGACGCAGGCGCACAGCUCGCUCAACUUCUCCCCUACCGAAUAACCAUAACAAGUACAACCCGUGACUUUUUGAGUCCCACCAAUCCCCCAUUAAUCUCCCGUAAACCCAGCCCCGCCUUCAAUUUUCCUUUUCCGAGUCACCGCACCCGCACUCCUCGUUCAUGCUUACCGCGUCCGCCUACUCACACUACCAACCAAAUCCAAACUGAUCUCUCUCUCUCUCUCUCUCUCUCUCUCUCUCUCUCUCCACUGCGCGCUAUUUUAGUGGAUCGAUUCGAUAUGGACACUACCCAUCAAAGAAAAUCCACAACACUAGUCCAUAAAAGCAGCUCCAACACCUUCUUCCUGUUUUGUAAGCCAUCCACAGUUCUUGUAAUUUCCAUGGCCUGCAUCUUCUUUGUCUCCCUUGUCCUUUUUCUUUCCCUCUCUUCAGCUUCCCACCCUCCCUCCUCCAUCUCUCCCGCGAUCCGCCAGGCCUGCAAGGCCACUCGCUUCCCUAGCCCAUGCGAGACCUCUUUGACCCAAUCCAAACACGUGCCCCCCAACCCCACCCCUCUCCAGCUCAUCCAGUCAGCCAUCUGGGUCUCCUCCCAGAACCUCCACACCGCCCAAUCCAUGGUCAAGUCCAUCCUGAACUCCUCCGCGGGGAAUCUGAACCGCACCACGGCCGCCAACAACUGCCUGGAGUCCCUCAGAAACUCCGAGUACCGGAUCUCUCGGACAACCGAAGACGCAUUGCCACAUGGCAGGAUCAAGGACGCGAGGAUCUGGAUGAGCGCCUCCUUGCUCUACCAACAAGAUUGUUGGUCGGCGCUCAAGUACGCGAAUGACACCCAGAUGGUGAACUCGACGAUGUCGUUUCUGGACUCGUUGGUUGGGCUCACGAGUAACGCGCUGAGCAUGGUGUUCUCGUACAGUAUUUUCGGGAACAACAUCGGGUCGUGGGCCCCGCCCAAGACCGAGCGGGACGGGUUCUGGAUGGGAGUUGGCGGCUCUGGGUCUGAUUUCCGGGGCGGUUUCCCGUCGAAGCUAAAGGCGGACGCGACCGUGUGUAAGGACGGGAGUGGCGGGUGCUACGAGCAGGUGCAGGACGCAGUGAACGCCGCACCUGAUAACGCCGGGAAACGGAAGUUCGUGAUACACAUAAAGGAGGGGGUGUACAAGGAAACCAUCAAAAUCCCGUUAGAGAAGAAGAACGUGGUCUUUUUAGGAGACGGGAUGGGCAAAACGGUCAUUACGGGGUCUUUGAACGUCGGCCAGCCUGGGAUUUCGACAGUCAACACAGCCACAGUUGGUGUUAGUGGUGAUGGAUUCAUGGCCAACGGCCUCACAAUCCAGAACACGGCUGGUCCUGAUGCACACCAAGCAGUGGCAUUCAGAUCAGAUAGUGAUCUAUCCAUCAUUGAGAACUGUGAAUUCUUAGGCAAUCAAGAUACACUUUAUGCUCGCUCCCUCCGCCAAUUCUACAAAUCAUGCCGCAUCCAGGGAAAUGUGGAUUUCAUUUUUGGAAACUCAGCAUCAGUUUUUCAAAACUGCCAAAUCUUAAUCCGUCCCCGGCAAGUAAAUCCAACAAAGGGUGAGAAAAAUACUGUCACUGCACAUGGCAGAACCGACCCUGCACAAGCGACAGGUUUUGUUUUUCAGAAUUGCUUGAUAAAUGGCACCGAGGAAUACAUGGUACUGUAUCAUAACAAACCCAAAGUACACAUUAAUUAUUUGGGGAGGCCAUGGAAGUUGUACUCAAGGACAGUUUUUAUACACUGUAACUUAGAAGUUCUUAUUACGCCAGAAGGUUGGAUGCCAUGGGAUGGCGAUUUUGCAUUGAAAACACUCUAUUAUGGGGAAUUUGGGAAUUCAGGACCAGGCUCUAAUCUGUCCAAGAGAGUAACCUGGAGUAGCCAGAUCCCAACAGGGCACAUACUCACAUAUUCCGUCAAGAAUUUUAUCCAAGGAGAUGAGUGGAUUCCAUCUUCUCAGUAAUUAGCUUCAAAUUUAAUAAAAAUAGUGGUUGUAAUGUGUCUGGAACACAACAAUAUUGGGAGAUUCCAAAUUUUUAGCUACAUUUGAUCUCCAUCCGUAUGGAGUAUCUCUUCAUAGUGGGGCUUAUGCUUAGCAUGUUUCGAGCCUUUAUAAAUUUACAGAAUUUGUAUUUUUAGUAGAUCCCUCUCCUGGCAUUUGUUGUGUAACUCUGGGGGAGGUAGAUGAGAAUUGGAUGCGUAUAAUUUCUACCUCAUUGUAUAAAAUAUUACAUGAUUGUGCUAAAA